AUGGCGCGCCUAGAGGCGUCGAAGAGCGCGCUGUGCGGCUCCAUUGAUUUCUCGAAUCUGAACCCCUCGACACGCUUCGCGCCGUGCCGCAUCCGGCAGGAACAGCCCCUGUUCAAGGUGUUGCGGGAGGUCCCUGCCAUCCUGGACUUCGUCCCCGAAGACGACCUCGCCGAUGCGGCUGCGUCGUGCUGGCCGAUGCUCCUAGCCGUGCUUCGCUUCGGCGUCCGGACGCGGGAUGUCGUUGACCGGCCGCACCCUGAGACUUACCAUCCGCACUUCUCGAUGGACCGCAAGGCUCCCGUCCUGAUGACCCUCGGCAGAGCGCUGCUGGAGGGCCUCGCGCAGCGCAUCGACCCCUCGGAGCCGUACGUCGCACGCAUCUCUUUCGCCGGCGCGGCGUUCCCGGUCAGCAACGCGCGCACGCUGCACGAGGCGGCGCGCGGCACGGACGCGUUCGCGGAGGAGUACGGGGACUCACUUGAGCAGCUUGAGCACAUGCUACAGGCCGCGAGCGCGGCGACGGGACCUGCAGCGCUCCGCGUGCUGGAGCUAAGGAUGGGUCUGGUCCUGCGGGACGCGGCGCCUGCCGCGCCGCCCUUCGCGUUCCCUCCCAAGUUCGGCUCCGAAGCCGCAGCUAAUGGCGCACUUGACCGCAUGUGCUCGCUCCUCGAGACUCCGGCUGUGCUGCGAAACAUCGAGUUCAUCGCAUUCAAUUGGGCACCGUUCUGGUCUGCGGCCAUGCCUCGUAUUCUGGACGUCCUGUGCGCUGCACCGGCCCUCCGCGUGGUCGAUGCCUGGGGGAUCGACCUGGGCUCCACUGGCGGCGCUGCGGUGGCGAAGCUGCUGCGCGAGUGCGAGACUCUGCAGUCGCUCAACGUGUCGCACACCAAGCUCCCGGGGGACGCCGCCGUGGCCGUGGCGCAAGCCUGCGCGGCCCGCAACCUCAGGGAGAUGAUCUUCUCCUUCCAGCCGGCGGCCGACGACGUGGCGGCGGCGCUGACGCAGUGCGGCGACACUAUGCCGAAGGCGCUCAGCAUCGGCGGGACGGACAUGACCGCGGUGGGCGUGUCGCAUGUCGCAAGGCACAUGGCGAAGGGCAACAACGUCGUCAAGCUGUGGCUGCACAGCGCCGGGGCGGGCGCACUGGCCGAGGGCCUGGCGAGCAACACGUCGCUGCGCGUGCUCUGCCUCGGUCGCACCAAGCUGGGCUCGGACGACGCGGUCAGGCUGUGCGGGGCCAUCGCUGGCAACACGGCAAUGAAGCUGGAGUACGUCGACCUGUCGAACAACCCGCUCGGCGACGUGGGGACGCAGGCGGUGGCGCAGAUGCUGGAGGCGUACGAGGCGCGGACGAACCCCGCGAAGACGGAGGUGUUCCUGUGGGGCAACAAGAUUUCGGAGCACGUGUACGGCUACAUCAUGUGCAAGCUGGGCUGGAUGAUCGACCAACCGGGCAGCUGA